GUUUUUAUUUAAAAUUGUGUUUUUUAAGCCAAAGAUAUUGCGUUAAAAUUAAGAAAUGACUGAGUACUGGCAGUCACAAGCUAAAAAAUUUUGUGAUUUCUGUAAAUGUUGGAUUACUGAUAAUAAACCCAGUAUAGAGUUCCAUGAGAGAGGCAAAAAACACAAGGAAAACGUUGCAAGAAAAAUAAAAGAGGUUAGACCCUUUAGCAUAGCUGCUUCAAACCAAAUCUACAAUAGUCAAGAAGUACCAAAUAAAAACCUUGUUUAUUUACCUCUGCAUGAGGUCCACAAGAGAGGAGCUCAAACUCUGAAAGACAAUGAAGAAUUGAAAAGGAACCUGCAAGCAAUUGAAGAUGCUGCACUAGAGGCAUACAAGAAAGACAUUGGUGAAGAAGCAUUCAACAGAGCUACACAGAAAACAACUUCUACAUCAAGACCAGUAUCCUACCAACAAAAGACUUACCAGGAAGGAAACACAACAACUACGCAUAACGAAACAUCCAGUGCUGGUUGUACCAUAGUCUAUAACGAUGGCCAACCAGUAGCUCACUGUUCUCAUCAUUGGUCUAUAGCACAAUCACCUGAAGGCUACUAUUACUACUAUAACUCUGAAACACUAGCAUCACAAUGGGACGUCCCAGAUUGUUUACAAACACCAGACAACGAUACAAGUGACGAAACACCAAAACAAGAUGAAACACAAGUACAAGCAAGCACUACAGAGCAAAAAGAAGGCAAAGAGGAGAAAUGGCCAGAGGUAAAGCAAUCAGAGGACACACAACCAGAGCAGAAAAGCAAUAAAGAUAUAGAGGACAAAGUUAAGAACACAAAAGUUAAAUCAUCUUCACCUUAUGGUGCCUGGACGACAGUACAGAUUAUCGAACCCCCACUCAAUUUGAGUAAAAAUACUGACAACGAUGACAAAAUGAAUGACAGUGAAGAAACAGAUGAAACAGAAGAUCCAGAAGUCACAGCCAGAAAAACAGAAAGCAAAUUCAAACAACGUCAAACACCAAAGAUUACUUUUCAUCAACCUGAUGAUCAGGUUAUUGCAUUUAAAAAAAGAAAAUUGAACAGUGAAAAAAAGAGAAAUAUUCGACAGACAAAACUGAACUAACCAAUUYGAUAGACUUCAAUGUACUACAGUAUUCCCAAAUAUCUUGGAUGAAGUUUUAUCCUGGGGUACAGGGGUUCUUUCUUCCUCCUUCAUCCUUUGUUGUUUUGGUUUGAUACUACAAGAAGACAUAAGGAAUAAAUUAGAACCUCUGAAUCCCAGUGUCAGUAACUUUACAUGCUUAUGACUAGUUUAAUAUACAGAAUAAACAAUUCUUCUAUG